AUGGAGAACAAAGACAACACUAUUGGCUAUGUGGGUGUACCAAUGGUCAGAGGACAGAUAUCACAAAUCUGUGCACGUUCGACACGAGAAAACCGCCAAUCUAUUUUUAUUGGGGGUGACCACUCUAUGGCAGCAGGAACAAUCCAUGGACACUUGCAGUCGAAUCCUGAUGCCUGUCUUCUCUGGAUCGAUGCUCACGCCGACUUUAACGUUCCUCAAGAAUCCCCCACCAAAAAUAUCCACGGAAUGGUAAUGGGACUUUUCUGCAACGAAUCUAACAAAUAUGUAAAGUUCCCACCCAGCUUUGACUGGCUUACUCCCUGUUUUUUCUCUCAAACAACAAAGGCGGCAGCCUUCUCAAUGCAAGAGGUUGUCAAGUUUGGUAUACCGAAAGUCCUUGAAAUGGCACUUGACCACAUCAAUCCAAAUCGUGAUCGACCGAUACACGUGAGCUGGGAUAUUGAUUCACUGGACCCUUCGUUCAUUCCAUCAACAGGGACUGCCAAAGAAAAUGUAUUUACUCGGAAAUCUUUGAGCUAUUCUUUUGGAAACAAUUUUACUGAUAUCUUCAUUUAA